AGUGCUUUUAAACAGCCAGAUACCCUUAGCGAUAUCGUUUCAUGAUGCUGAAUGACAGUGAAUUCGCAACGCUGAGAAACAGAUUCCAAAAAAAUGCCGAGUUACUCAUGCAGGCUACAACCACGUCGCCCGGCGAAGACGAAAAGUGUCCAGGUGAAAAAGAUGUCAGACCUCUCCCCCGAAUUAACAAGCACUCUGUUUUCUGGAUUGUGGCGUCAAUAAGUGUCACCUAUUAUGUGGAUUUCUUUCGUGUCAUCAUUGUGAAUAAUGACAUAAAGAGUUGGUGGUUUAAUGUGGGCCUGCUGCUCCUUGGGAUUUGCCUGUGUCUGGCCACGUUUUGUAUUGUGUACCUGGAGUGGUUCAGAGGAAUCGUGCACUAUGACCAAGAGUACCCUGCGAUCCCUCCUAUCACCACCGCUGCAUUCAUUGCUGCAUCUUGCAGUUUUAACAUUGCACUUUGGCCAGUCUGGUCCUUUUUCACUCCACUCAUCCUCUUCACGCAGUUCAUGGGUGUGGUCAUGAUGAUUUCUAUGCUUGGAUGAACGUGACAGGUAUAUGGGACAGUCAUAACGUAACUCAGAGGGAAACCAGAACUACAAUGUGGCCUGCAACAAAAAUGAGUUUGACAUCCCUGCUUUACAGUCUCUUAGUGUCAUAAGUCGUCCACCAUAUUGUCAAGGAGUGUGAUACAAAUUCUUCUCCCCUCUGGUUAUUCUCCACUUCUUAUUGUUGUGUACUCUAACCAAGCAACACAUUUAUCCUAACAUCAGACAGUUAUUUGUAGUUAAUGAAUGAAACUGCCCUAAUGAUAGCUGAUGUGGGGGUGUCCUGAGUGUAGAGGAGUAGCUUUUUGCAAACGCAAUGAUUAAGCUAAAGCCUAGAGAUCCCUGUCAAUCAUUCCAAUAAAUAGAGCACAUUGUGUUCCAAACUCAGUGCACUACUGAUAAAGUAGCAUUUGCACAACAGUAGUUGGGAAUGCACAUUCAUGUUAAAAACCAAAACCUAUUUACUGUAGUUCUACUCUU